CGGUGGGGGGAUGAAUUUUCACUGUCGGUGCGGGUGGCUGGCGUCAAAAAAGCCUGAGAGUCCGGCUCGCCGACACGUCCGAGCUGUCACGUCGCUGAGCAUCGAAACAGAGUCCCUCGUUUCGAAACGAGAGCCAGACACGAGUUGGUGGGAAGAAAGAGAAAGCAGCCGGUCGACGCUGGCUGGUGACUGAGACGCUCGAGGAAGUAGUGAAGGGAACAAAGAGGAAGAAGAAGCGAAAGAUGGUAUCAAAGACGGUGGAGCCGAGGUAUCAUCGAGGUUGGAAGCUCGUCAGGAUGCCUGGUGGUGAUCACCGGAUCUUUUCUUGAGACCUAUCGCCGCGUCGAAGGACGGGUGAGGGUUGAAGACGAUCGGACUGUUGGCGUAGUCUGUGAAUUUUUCGAUUAUUUUCGGUUCGACUCGGUGAGACUAGGUUCUGGAGGGGAGAGUUUCGUUUUCUCGAGACCUGCCCGCCACGACGAAGGACAGGACGGGACAGAGUUUGAAAGAGCUCGGUGGUGAAUUUCUCGUCUGUGAAUUUCGACGAGGCUCGGAUACAGACUUCGAGAGGACCCUCGGAAUGUGUUCACGAAUUUUGGAUUUUAAUUUGCGAACGUAGCACGCUUUGUGUCGUUUUAGAGGAAAAAUUGAACAGUCGGGCUUGCGGUCUGCGUUUUCUGACUCGUGCAAAAUUCGUAAGAAUAUACAGACUCUCUCUUCAUAGAAAAGUUUCAAGCUUCUUCUCCAGUUUUCGCAGUGACAGUCGACUAUUAUCGAGAGUGAUAUACCUUUUUUUUUUUCUUUUUGUGGGAAGAGCAAGAAACAGAAGGAUUGUUUGGAAAGUGCGGGUUGUGAAUUAACAAGCCUCGAGGAACCAUGUUGGAAUUCUAUCCUCCGCUACCUGGUAGCUUGAAUCGGCAGGGUGAGUCGGGCCCUCCGACAAUGGGCUCCGCCGCGCCGCCGAUUCCCUUUCGGCCUACCAACGACAAUAACAAUGCAGAGCCGUCGGUCUCGGUGAAGACAGAGUCCGGACUGUUGGAGACGAUCUGCGCGGGUUGCGGCCGCACGAUAGUCGACAAGUACGUGAUGCAGGUGGCUGGAAGAAACUACCACGAGGAGUGUCUUUCGUGUGCCGCGUGUGCCACACUCCUAACACAUUCCUGUUUUAUCCGCGAGCUGAAGCUCUACUGUCGAACGGACUACGAGCGGAUCUUCGGCGUGAAGUGCGCGCGAUGCAUGGAGAAGAUCAGCUGCUCGGAUUUCGUUCUAAGGGCGCCGGGUUUGGUGUUUCACGUGGAGUGUUUCGCGUGUUGCAUGUGCGGCCAGCCAUUGCCGCCUGGCGCCCAGUAUUUCCUCCGCCAGGGGCAACCGAUCUGCCGAAGGGACUACGAGCACGAGUUGUACCUGAACAGUCCUCAAGAUGAUGAUUUACUGGACGAUAAUCGGCCCCGCGACGGUCGUCGGGGACCCAAACGACCGCGGACGAUCCUCACGUCGGCGCAGAGGCGUCAGUUCAAAGCGUCGUUCGAGGUGUCGCCGAAGCCUUGUCGAAAAGUCCGGGAGGCACUGGCGAAGGACACGGGCCUGAGCGUACGCGUGGUUCAAGUCUGGUUCCAAAACCAACGGGCGAAGAUGAAGAAGCUGCAGAGGAAAGCGAAAACCGAGCCUGGAUCCGACAAGGAGCCCAAGGAGGAACGUCGAACAGAGAGUCCUCACAGCGAUCACAGUCAUUACUUGAACGCCAUGAACAUGCGCGACGGGGAAUCUUCUAGCUUCCCCUCAGCCACUCAACCGCUCAACCCCAAUAACCCGUACUCGCCCGACGACGCGUAUCCAGGCCACUCAGGCGAGAGUUUCUGCAGCAGCGAUCUGUCGUUGGAUGGCACGGAGGCUGGCUUCGACAUAGGUGAGAACGAGGGUGGCGGCGGCCAAGAGGGUGGCCAUCAAGCCAGCGGCCACUCCCACCACGGACCAACGUCCCACGAGGCGCCCUCGUUGUCGCAGAGUUUACACGCGGCGAUUCACAAUCCCAUCGACAAACUGUUCAUGAUGCAGAGUAGUUACUUCAGUGGUGACCACGCGUAAUCCACGAGGGAGAAAGCGGAAGGGAAGCUGAGAGAACGAGAGAACAGGAACAAGGGAAAGAAAGGGAUGAGAUGGUGUUCUCCUCUUCUCCUCGCGACUGGCUCUCCCAAAGUCCCCGUCGACGUAGCUGACCCCUGCGCGCAAUCGAUGUGCCGUCAUCGCAAACACUUCCUGUCUUCUGGUUCGCAAAUCGGAGGCAAACGGAGAACGCCGUACAGCAUCGGUUUCUGUGACGGUUUUUAUUUCCCAUCCUUUUUUUUUUUUACACAUUUACUUCAGUCGUUUCCUUCGUCUGUUUGCUUUUGCAUGUGUAGAAGCUUGGGUGCUGGUUAUUACUGGGUAUCUUGACGACGCUUUCAUUUUGUUCAUUUAUUUAUUUAUUUAUUUUUAACUUUUCGUGAUAUCGACCCCAUUAACAUUUGGAUUUUUCGAAUUUACAAAGCUUAAUGCUAGUAAAGUGUAAUUUACGCAUACAGUGUAAAUCACAGCAGUUCGUAUAUGCCUUUCAUGUCUCAAAUAUUUUAAAUGGGAAAUGAGUUUUUGGAUAUUUUAUGCUUCUUUAUUUCAAGUAUGAAAUAUCGUAGUUUUGUUUGAGCAAUAUCAACUAACAAGUCAUUAAGUAACGAAUAUAUUGACUGUUGUGAAUAUCGUGGUCUUACACAAACUGGUCGUUUCUACUUACCCAGAUGUGUAUCGCAGAUUUAAGUGUUAAAGAAUUAUUUAAUUAUUUAAAUAGCAAUGGAUUAUUAAGAGAUCUCUAUUUAAUCUCUUGCUUUAUGAUAUCUUAUAGUUAUAUUUGUUAAAUUAUAUAAUCGCGGAUAUAAGGCGGAGUUAUUUAAUUUAUUUAUUUAUUUAAUCAUGACUAGCAAUUCAAUUUAUUAGGAUGUUUUAAUCCUCAUUUGCCUUUCGUUUUCUCUAUUUAGCUUCUAGUAUUUCAAUAUUGGGUCGCUGGUUAUG